AUGGAGUACUCACAAGUAUCAACUGAUGAUGGGGAGUCGGAGGUGAAAGAGAAGAGAGGUGUUUCCUAUAAUUUCUACUUACACCCAUGCCACUUCCUUGAAGAAGCAGUUAGGGCCUUUUUCAAGUGUUUGGGUAUUGAGAUUAGAGCACGGGGGGAAAAAGAUGAUGGGCAAAAAGGCACUGAAACAAACCCUAACAAAAUUGCUCCUUCAACCUCCCAAGUAGAGCUACAAGAUGAUGCUGCAGAUCCAGCUCCAUCUUCAACUACUACACAAACCUCUGAAGUUGCUGGAAGCUUAAGGGCUGUUAGACCACCAAUAACCACGGGGGGAGGUGGGCAGAUCAAUUAA